UGUGCGCGGCUGGAGGCGGCCCCGGUCCCGCCUCGCCGCUCCCCGGGCGCGCAGCGGCUCCGUCCUGCCGGGGCCGGAGCGGGCGGCGGCGGCUCCGCAGCUCCCGGGGCCGCACUCCGGGAUGGCUUUCGCCAAUUUCCGCCGCAUCCUGCGCCUCUCCGCCUUCGAGAAGCGCCGCUCCAAGGAAUACGAGCACGUCCGCCGCGAUUUGGACCCCGGCGAGGUGUGGGAGGUGGUGGGCGAGCUGGGAGAUGGAGCCUUCGGCAAAGUCUACAAGGCCAAGAACAAGGAAACGGGCGCCUUGGCAGCUGCCAAAGUCAUCGAGACCAAGAGCGAGGAUGAGCUGGAGGAUUACAUGGUGGAGAUCGAGAUCCUGGCCACUUGUGACCACCCGCACAUCGUGCGGCUGCUGGGAGCCUUCUACUGGGACAGCAAGCUCUGG